UUUUGUCUCCAGCAUGGUUCAGAAGGUAGCCGUGAUUGGCGCCGGGAUGUCAGGCCUGACCAGCAUCAAAUCCUGUUUGGAAGAAGGUCUUGAGCCCACCUGCUUUGAGAGCGGUCCUGACAUCGGCGGUCUAUGGAGAUUUAAGGAGGAACCGGAGCCUGGACGGGCCAAUAUCUACGAGUCUGUGGUACUCAACAGCUCCAAGGAGAGGAUGGCCUUCAGUGACUUCCCGCCUGCUGCAGAGCUCACCAACAACAUGCACCACUCCGAGGUGCUGCUUUACCUGCGACAAUACGCCCAGAACUUUGGCCUACUGCGGCACAUCCGCUUCCAGGUGUGUGU